CAGAUGACUCUGGUGCAGAACGGCACGAUCAUCACCGGCUUUUACGGGACAGCGGUGGAGUCUACCAAGGGGGCGGCUGGAUACACGCCACCUGAGUUGCUGAUGUCCAGACCUGUGGAGAAUCCACAUGGAACGUUUGCCUGGAUCGUGAUCUGGAGCAACGGUCGGUCCACCACAGCAUGGACAGCCCAAUGUGUCAUCUGUGGCGACCAUGCUGAACUCCACACCACAUGGCUGCUCCGCUCCAAGGUUGACGGCUGCGAUGAUCGCUGGAAGGCGACCCGGGUGGGAGAGGACACCUUCACCCGUUAUUCACAGACGGAGAUAGAGCCCUUACAUGGUAAUCUUUAAAUGAGUGCAUUGAGGUCUUCCGAUGAGUGGUCAUAUUGAGAAAAUAUACUCUCGAGAUCCAACAAUGCCAGUCAUAAGGCCGAAUUGAUGUUAGACUUUACAUCAUUUAAAAAUCAACGUACAAGUAAAUAAGACGUAAUUACAAAUCUAUCUUAAAAGCAAGGCGUGAUUUAAAGCAAACUGCUUGGUAAGAGACACGUUUUCGACAUUGAUACGUUCAAACUACUCUAAAGUAUGAUUACAUAUAACACGACAACAAUAUACGACUCAAUGUUACGUGCAUAUAGUCGCGAAUUGUUUAUCAGCCGAGUCAUGUGGCGUUUGGCACUCGCGAAAGAUCAUCAAAAAGGCUCAAUUAAAGUCUUGUGUAAUCGCA